GCUUUAUUUCAGGCUGGUGGAUUUGUCCUGUUUACAUGCACACUACACAUGGCCCACUCUGCCCCUCCCCCGUCCUGACUUUUCUCAACCCGCUGCCAAAAUAUGUGAAAGUCAAUCCAGGCUGCCGUUCAGCGAGCGUGUUAUUUAAAACUGGACACCAUCAUGGCAGGGGCACCGAGCAGCUCCACGCAGCUCGGCGAGGAUCCACCCUUGAGUCCGUGAAAACGACACAAAGUCGAGCUCCGAGAUUUCCCCCUGCAUUCUGUCGAGAUGUCGCUCCCGGUGGUGCUGCCGGGGUCUUGCUGUCCGGUCGCCGGGGCUUCGCAGCUCACAGAGCCGCCUUUCCGAAACCGACCCCGUGGCUUGUCCGCCUCUUCCCGGAUCGCCGGCGGUGGCUCUCGGCUGCUGCUGCCCGGGCGGCCGCUGCUCUCGCUGGGCUUGUUGCAGCUGCUGCUCGGCGGCUCCAUGGUGGCGCUGUCCUUCGGAGCUCUGUCCCUCAGCAACUCGCCCCCCAUCCGAAACUCCUGUCCCUUCUGGGCUGGCUCCUCGGUCAUUCUGUCAGGCAUCGUUGGCCUCACAACAUGGAGAAGACCCAUGCUGCUGUUGGUCAAUGUGUUUGUCCUGCUGUCUGUGGUGUGUGUGCUCCUUAAUCUGGCUGGAUUCAUCCUGUGCUGCCAGGGAGCCCAACUGGUUUCCAGUAUGACCAGCUGCCAACUGAGCGAGGCUGGAGAUGUGUGUUACUGUUGCUCCCUCUCCCCCAGCUCCAAAUGUCCCGAGGAGAAGCUGCUGGAGCUGCACCCCGCCCACUCCUGCAGCACCAUGAGGAUCCUGCUCAAGAAAGUGCUGUUUGCACUGUGUGCUCUGAACGCUCUGACCACAGCUGUGUGCCUCAUGGCGGCGGCCCUGAGAUACCUGCAGAUCUUCACCACAAGAACACCCUGCAUGGACGAACCAAGGGCCACAGUGGAAGAAAGAGAGGAGCCUGCUCAGGUCCCGGACCCGGAUGAGUUUGUGGCCCCGGCCCCGCCCCCCUCCUACUUCUCCACUUUCUACUCAUACACACCACGCCUGGCUCGCCGGAUGCUUGGGGACAGCGUGAUUCCUCUCCCUCAUAUCUACGGGGCUCGUAUCAAAGGGGUGGAGGUCUUCUGUCCGUUGGACCCCCCACCUCCAUAUGAGGCUGUUGCUGGAAGCUCCACCAAUGCAGUUACACAGGAGACAGAGAUCGCUCUGACAGAGGUGACUAUGAGCCCGACUACCUCUCAACCAGGAGCCUCUGUUCCAGUCACAAGUCCCCAAACAGUGUCGGCAUCACCAGGAGUCCUUCCGCAGGCCAAGCCCCCGCUCCAGCCGCCGCCACCGCCACCGCCACCUCCUGCUCCUCCUCCUCCUCCUCCUCCUCAUCCUCCUCCUGAGCAGCCGCAGCAGCAGCAACAGCAGCAACAGUACGCUCCAGCUGCGAUUCCCUGGAGGAAAGCCAGGAUCCACCGCUCCAACAGUGACCCAGUAUUGAUGGACCUCGCUGCUAAAGUGCAGAGCAGCAGUGACGCUCCCCUCGCUCCCUCUCCUCAGACCACAGACUCUUCCACCCAGACAUCGCAGCCCACGCUGGCCGCCCAAGGCCACGUCACACUGCGACGGGGCAACAGCGACAAUAGGACGCCACGCCGGCCCCGGCCCUCCUCUAUGGUGGACUACCAGAGCUACCGACACACGCAGCAUCUGGUCAGGAAAAUCCUGGAGCAGCCGGCAGCCCAGGGCCUGACCCCUGAGGUCCAGGAGCUAGUGGACAGCAUACGACAUGUCCUGCAGUCAGAUCAGGAGCACAUGGAAGAGGCUGUACGCUGCGCCAGUUACAUAGAACAGGCGUUCACAGACUCACAGAUGGGCCCCAGUCAGCCUAAACCUCCCCAGCAGCAGCUAGCGGGCAGUUCCUCCCAGACGUUCCCUCGCCCCCCCAGGAGAAGACCUGGUCUGCUGCACCUGAAGAGCUGUGGAGACCUCAGCUCCUUCACCUGUGCCGCACUCGAGUCUCUGGAACAUCGAGGAAACAGUAGAAGAGUGGGGUCGAGGGCGAGCUCCAGAGCAGGUUCAAGGACAGGGUCCCGCCUGGAUCAUCCUGAACGCCCUCACAGUCUGAUCGGAGUCUUUAGAGAGACGGUCCUGUGAGGGAAGAUUAUAAUGGUAUUAAUAUGUCGGAGGGCAACACAGCUGGAAUGCUGCCUUAACUCUUGCUAAACUUUAAGAGAACAUCAUUGUAAUCCAACCACUGAGGAGGAUGUGUGUGUGUGCACGUGUGUGUGCGUGUGUGUGUGUGUGUAAUGUGUGCAGAUGAGUGUGUAUGAGUGUAGUUUUUUUAAAAAAACAUUUUGUUCUGCUAAUACAAUUUAUUUGUGAAAUUGAAAAAAUAUGGGCAACUUGUACUGAAACAUAGUCCCCUCAAUGUUUUAUAUGCUUUCUAAACAGAUUUUAACAUUGUAAUAAGUCUGCAUUUUUUCCGGGCAACUCAACACAGAUAUACAGCAAUACUUCAACAUGUGUUAUUUAAUGGUCAGAUGCACUGGCGUCAACAUGUUAAAUAUUUGUUAUUAUUGGAAAAGUUUUACAUAUUUUGAACUGUGUGUUAGUCUGAAGACAAAUUUACCUUUUUUUUUUUACCUGACCAAAUUACACAGUUCUUUCAAGGAAACUGUUUGAAAAAGACAGACCUUUUUAAUAAAGAGUUCCCAGACACAACUGAACAGGGUAGCUGGCUUUCUAGUUAGCAAGCAACAAAGUUUGGUUUGAAAAUCGUGCCUAUUUUGUGGAGCAGUGUGUACUCUGGAAGAGCCGGGUUAUAUAAAAGCUAAUAUGAUAGCUCUAUUUUGGACUCUCACUGAAAUGUCAGCAUUGUCAAGGUAGUUUGCAAAUUGCAUUAAUUUGCACAUUCAAAAUUUAACUUCAAGUUCCAUGCAGAUGGAUUUAACUUGUUUUGGCACUGAAACAACUUCCACUGAAAAAUAAAAAAUAAAAAAUAAUUUCAUUUUAUAUUGAUAUUUUAUGUAUUAUGUUUUAUAUUAUUCAGUGACAAUCUUCUGUUUUUCCUUAAUGUCUGCCUUUUCUUUUUCAGUGUCACUGGUUUUCAGUUUCAACUUUUAACUGAUGUUAUUCUUGUCUGGCAGAGAGAAACAGGCUGCUUGUGGAUUGGGAUUUCCAGGUGAACUUGUGAAAGCCAUCACCAUGGGUGUGAGCUCAGAGGCCAGCCACCAUUUGGAUUUUGAUGUGCAUCUAUUCAUGCAGUUACGGUGCUUGGAGUGACAAAAAGAACUCACAUUUCAGCAUCAUUUCACACAUUAUUAAAUAACACACCAUACCAAAAUGGUGACACAAAGUUGAAACUGAAAAAAACGCGUUAAUAAAAAGAGGUCAGUGAAAACACAGACGUGAAACAAAAUUCAUUGAAAAACAUCAGAAUACCAAAGAAAUUAAGAUGAAGUCAUUUUUAAUGUCUGCCUUUAAUUUUUCAGUAGAGCUUGUUUCAGUGCCAAUAAAACUUUCUAGUAAAAGCGUUUCAGUGCCAAUGUUUGCUUUACAGUUCAGGUUUUGUUUUUCAGGUAUCUUAUUCUGAUAACUCUUUACUUUUACUUCCUACAUUUCUACACAAAUAUCUGUACUUUCUACUCCUUCCAUUUUAAAAACAAGCUUGUUACUUUAGUUUUAAUGCAUUUGAGGGGAAUUUUCUAUUAUUAUUAGUUUUUUGCAUCGUUGCACAACCUUCCAAACAUCAAGACCGGUGCAUAUCACGCAUGACAGAUGUAACGUGGGAGGCUUGACCCUGUUUGAAGUUUCAGUUAGCUUUUCUCAGAAACAGCAGGUAGAACUGUCCCUCAGAGCAACCAGGAGAGUACUUUUUACUUUCAAUCCAUUUCAGUGCCUAUACUUUCUCAGUUUGACUUGAGUAAAGAAGAUGAAUCAGUACUUCUACCUUUACCGGAAUCUUUUUCUGUAGUAAAGUAUUUGUACUUUUACUUUAGUAAAGAAUACCUGUACUAUGGCCACCUCUGUUUAUUCAGCCUCUGCAAGUGAAGUGUAGCGUUUCCAUUGCAAUGAACAGAUUUUGGUCCAAAAAUGGUAGCAUUGUGAAUGUUGGUUUACAAUGAACAUUUAUGUCCUUGGACAGCUUAAGUCUGUUGUAUUUUUGCAGAUAGGCUGUGCAUGUUCAAUAAAUUUGGUUUAAUUAUUGACGACAGACUUCA